AUGCUCCGUCGAAUUAGAUCAUAUUAUACAAAAAAAUUGACAGAAAAUGAAGAAUUGCGAUCCAAAUUGCCCCCGUUCACAAUCGAUCAACAAUAUAAUGUUUAUUACAUCACUAAACUUACAUCACGAACAACAAUGGAUUAUCUGAUAAACAUAAUAUCAUCAACAACCACAAUUAUCGUUGAUACCGAAACAGAUGAUCAAUCUCAUGAACCCGCUCUUAUCCAGAUUAAACCCGUCGUUCAACCACCUGCAACACUGCCAGUUAUACUUCUUGAAGCACUUUGGCUUCCAUCAUCAACAUCGUCGCAUCGUAAAAAAGUGGAACAAUUAUGUGCCGCCGUAUUUUGCACAAAAAACACGAUAUAUGGCUGGGGUGACGUCCGAAAAGAAUUAAGACAAUUUCGCCAUCAUGAUCUAUUCAGUACAUCCAAUAUAAUCGAACCAGUUGAUGUUCAAAAAGAAUAUCGGAGAUAUUACAACGAGAAGCAUCCACAUGAGCAACGCUGUCCGUCGCGAUAUCAAGAUACAGAUGACGCUGCUACAUUUACGUUAAAUGCCCCGGAUGAUGACAUUGAUCUGGAUCCACAUGCUGACCACGUUGCAUGUACCUGUCCAUUCCGUCCAUACAAAGAUCCGAAAAAUGUCACAGCAUGGUCUCUCCAAAAAGGCAUUAAAUACGAAUUUAACCAAUUUCUGGACAAGAAAUUGACACGAAGUGAUUGGAGAGGCGGUAUUGAUCGAGAACUCGGCACAUGGGAAUUUCCAGAUCGUCGUAUCAGAGAUGAUCAACGCCAAAUACGCCGAGAUUUACAACAAUAUGCAAUCAACGACGUAUUGGCAGUUUUGGCUAUUAUCCGUGAACGAGAUCGAUAUAAACAACUAAAUAAUCGUCGUAAAGUUUCAACAAUCAAUUUAGCUCCAAGUCCUCCUGAACAAUUGAUGGACUAUGAAAAUCCACCAGAAGCGAAACUACAACCUCAACAACGAAUAUCCGCAUUAGUUUGUGAGUCGAUUUCAAUAACAGGAAUGGAAAUGUCUCGGAUAGUUCAUGUAGAUGAACCUCUGGUCUCUGUUCUCCCGUCACACUGUCUAAAAACGCAAGUGCCAACACGACCAAAACGAUUAAGACGAAAACCACGACGUCGUAGCGAGAAAUCUCGUCUGAAUUCCAACAAGAAAGCGUCGAAGCGUCAUCGAAAAACUGAUUUUAAAUACGAACUUGUUAAACCAAUUGAUCCGCAAUUUCAUCCAACACAAGUUCGACGCAUUCGCCAUAGUUUAAACUUGAAAUAUCGAAGAAUUAUCAUUAAAGAUAAUCGUUUAUGUAUUGGUUUAAAAAAUGAGGAAAGCCGAGAAGGGUUUAAUCGUCGUAUUCCUCCGUUUCUGUUUACAGCUGAACACUAUCGUCAAUUAAAUGGUCCACCACAAACAUCUCCACAUCCACAAGAAUUGCCUAAACCUCUAGAACUGCCUGAUCAGCAGUAA